AUGCUCACACUUCCGUCCUCACGGCCGCUUCUCAGACGUGGAAUCUACAUAUCAAUCCCUCUAUUCAUUUUGUUCCUGUUCGGUCUCAGCCACUUUGUCCAUCAACCACAAUACGCAUUUCCCCGCGAUGUAUCCUCCCAGCAAAAAUCACCAUACUACUCCAAAGGAGGGCCUCGCCAUUAUUCAUGGGAGAAUAGGCCUUUCUUCCCACCACUUAUCAAUGCAGACGGAAACCUGACAGCCUCCGAUCUCUGUGCAAACUUUUCCACCCACCUAUUAGACCGUAUCCAAGUCAUCCUCAAAACAGGCGCUGGCGAACCCGAGAAGAACAAGGCACAUCUUGCUACCGUUACUUCCUGCAUAACCAACCUCAUUGUCGUCUCCGAUCACGACGAGAUUAUAGGCCAGCAUCACUUCAUUGAUGUACUCGACGACCUCCCUCCAGAAUAUGCCUCAGACAAUCCAGAUUUCGCGACAUACCAUGCCCAGAAGCAGGCCCAUUCACAAGGUGAAUCAGUUGGCUAUUCACAGGAAGGCUGGCGACUUGACCGCUUCAAGUUCUUGCCUAUGGUUGAGAAGGCGUAUGAGAUGCGCCCACAUGCCGAGUGGUAUGUCUUCAUCGAAGCAGACGUCUAUUACUUCUGGGACACGUUGUUCCGCAUCCUCGAUCAGCUCGAUCCCUCCAUGAUGCAUUAUAUAGGGUCACCAGUCCCAGGAGCUCACGGUCGAUCUUUUGCGUAUGGUGGUGCAGGCUUUGUUUUGUCAACGGGUGUAAUGAAACGCUUGGUUGGCGACUCCAGUGACUCGCGGCUUAGUGUCAAAUAUAUGGACUGGGCUAAAAAGGACUGCUGUGGUGAUGCCGUUCUUGGUUAUGCAAUUCUGGAUAAGACUGGUGUCAAGGUGGAAGGUCUUUAUCCUACGUUUGCUGGUGAUGAUCUCGCGUCUCUUAAAAAUGUCCCCGGAACAGACAACGGCACUGUGGGAAUGGGAGCGAACUAG